GGUAGGCUUUUGGGUUUUAGAUAUAUAAGAAAUAAGAAUUCAUAACCCCCCCGACCCCUUCAUGUUGUUGAUGCCGCCUCAACCACGGUUCUCCCUCACCCCUUUGCUUCUUCUGCUCAGUCUGGCAGCCGAGUCCCUCAUUCAUAUAUAGUGAAAAGAGGAUAGUUGAAUGAAAAGUGCACUGUUUAUAGCUUGAGAGAGUGCAAUCAAUAUACCUGAACAACUAACAUGGGACAUAUAGCUACUCUGCAACAUAAUAUUUUCAGCUUCCAUUCUUUGAAUGGUCUGCAUAUUUGUAACAAACAAGAGAGCUGUAUUUUGGGUGCUUGUUCUGCUUUGGAUCAUAGUUUAAGAAAAAAAACACCUACCCUACACCGAAUUUGUUUUGGUGACUACUUUUCUACAACUAAAUAUUCUAUUCCAUGGAAAGGAUUGCGGUGUAGAAGUUUUCAGCGAAGUGUUUUAAUUGAUAGAGCUAAUGAAGUUGACCAUGAAGAUUGGUGCUUUGGAAGUGAUUAUGUUGGUGAAAGGAGAAAUUCCAGGGAACUAUUGGAUUCAAAGAAGUCUAUAAACUCUCCAACUUUGUCACCAGAGGCACCGUUUGUUCAAAACGAUGAAAUGACCAACAAUGAAAUUCUUCAGAGGCUCUGCAGUCGUGGAAAGUUAACAGUUGCGGCAAGGUUGAUUGAUGUCAUGGCACGGAAAAGUCAAAUACCCCAUUUCCCUUCUUGCACAAAUUUGAUCCGAGGUUUUAUUAGAAAAGGUUUUGUAGAUGAAGCUUGCAAAACAUUGAAUAAAAUGGUCAUGUCUGGUGGCGUUCCUGACACAAUUACAUACAACAUGGUUAUUGGUGGCCUGUGUAAAAAUGGUCGUUUAAGAUCUGCUCUUGAUCUGGUAGAAGAUAUGAGCUUGAGUGGUUGCUCCCCCGAUGCGAUUACUUAUAAUUCAAUAAUUCGCUGUCUAUUUGACAAGGGGAAUUUUAACCAGGCUGUUAAUUUCUGGAGGGACCAAUUGAGAAAAGGUUGCCCUCCUUAUCUCAUUACCUAUACAGUGCUUAUUGAGCUGGUCUGCAAAUAUUGUGGGGCUGCUCGAGCCCUUGAAGUACUGGAAGAUAUGGCUAUGGAAGGCUGUUAUCCUGAUAUCGUUACAUAUAACUCUCUUGUAAAUUUGACUUCUAAACAAGGGAAAUAUGAGGAUACUGCUUUGGUUAUACUAAAUCUUCUAUCCCAUGGAAUGCAGCCCAAUGCCGUGACAUACAAUACUCUCAUCCACUCUCUAAUUAACCAUGGAUAUUGGGAUGAAGUUGAUGAUAUUUUGAAGAUUAUGAAUGAAACUUCCAGUCCUCCUACACAUGUUACGUACAAUAUUCUGCUAAAUGGUUUAUGUAAAUCUGGACUUUUGGAUCGUGCCAUAAGCUUCUACAGCACAAUGGUUACUGAGAAUUGUUCACCGGACAUUAUAACGUACAAUACUCUUCUAAGUGGUUUGUGCAAGGAGGGGUUUAUAGAUGAGGGCAUCCAGUUACUUAACCUAUUGGUAGGUACUAGCUGUUCUCCUGGGUUGGUCACCUAUAAUAUUGUAAUUGAUGGGUUGGCUAGAUUGGGAUCUAUGGAGUCAGCAAAAGAAUUGUAUGAUGAAAUGGUGGACAAAGGAAUCAUUCCUGAUGAAAUUACUCACAGUAGUUUGACUUGGGGGUUUUGUCGGGCAGACCAACUUGAGGAAGCUACAGAGCUACUAAAGGAGAUGUCUAUGAAAGAACAAAGGAUUAAAAAUACUGCUUAUAGAUGUGUAAUCCUUGGAUUAUGCAGACAAAAGAAGGUUGAUAUUGCAAUUCAAGUUCUAGAUUUGAUGGUGAAAGGUCAAUGCAAUCCAGAUGAGAGAAUAUAUUCUGCUUUAAUUAAAGCUGUUGCUGAUGGGGGUAUGCUAAAAGAGGCUAAUGAUUUGCAUCAAACGUUGAUCAAAUGGAAGAUUCUGAAAAAAGAAAUCAUGUUGAAUUAGUUGGAGUUUGUGCGUAAAGAUUGGCCUGGCAAAUUUAAUACUUCUGGCCAUGUACAGGAAAGCUUGUUGGGAAGUUUUGACCGGCACUUGCGAGGGACUGCAAGGUCCAACAGUAUUGGCUAAUACUGUCACUCACCAUGAACUAAAAUUUCUGUAGUUGAAGUUGACAUUAACAUUUGCUCGUGUUAUGUUAUUUUUAAUGUCAAUCUAAUCUUCAAGUUUGUAGAUUUUUGAUAACUCGAUGAGGAUAAACAAAAAGUUUUGGUCCUUGUGUUAGUUUUGGUAGUUAUAAGUUCGUUUCUGUUGACUUGCAUAAUACAAUCUAUGAGCAUUAUUUUUUGUUUUUACCAUCUAAUUUUAGGGAUUGAAGUUUGUUAUUAUGCGGCA